CGCUCUUACAGCAACAACAACAAUCACAAACCACUUACUCUAGAUCAUCCGGAUUCUCAGAGAGAGAAUCCUUUGACCUAGACUUUCACAACAAAAGCGACUUUUCGCAGACUUAGACGCGGAAGCAGCGCCUAAGUCGGUCUCACGCCACCUUCACCCCGCGCUUUCAGAUCACAGGCGCAGACGCCAGUGAUCCUACGACUUCUUUCGCAAUCAUGGCGGACAAAGGUCUCGAGGAGGUCCCUGAAGGGCAAAUCGAGUCUAACUACGAUGAAGUCACCGACUCCUUCGAUGCUAUGAACCUGAAGCCUGAGCUUCUACGAGGUGUCUAUGCGUACGGUUUUGAACGCCCGUCAGCCAUCCAGCAACGUGCUAUCAUGCCCGUCAUCAAGGGCUCCGAUGUCAUUGCGCAGGCUCAGUCCGGCACUGGCAAGACUGCCACCUUCUCCAUCUCCUGCCUUCAGAAGAUUGAUUCCAACCUCAAAGCCUGCCAGGCUCUCAUCCUUGCUCCCACUCGUGAGCUUGCUCAACAAAUCCAGAAGGUGGUUGUGGCUAUCGGCGAUUUCAUGAAUAUCGAAUGCCAUGCUUGCAUCGGCGGUACAAACGUUCGGGAAGACAUGAAGGCACUUCAAGACGGUCCUCAGGUCGUCGUCGGAACCCCAGGCCGAGUCCAGGACAUGAUCCAGCGACGUGUGCUCAAGACCGACAACAUGAAGAUGUUCAUCUUGGACGAGGCUGAUGAGAUGCUGUCUCGCGGUUUCACCGAGCAAAUUUACGACAUCUUCCAACUUCUCCCACAAUCCACCCAGGUGGUCCUUCUUUCCGCCACCAUGCCACAGGACGUCCUCGAAGUCACCACGAAAUUCAUGCGCGACCCUGUCCGUAUCCUGGUCAAGAAGGCUGAAUUGACCCUCGAAGGUAUCAAGCAAUUCUACAUCGCUGUCGAGAAGGAAGAAUGGAAGCUGGAUACACUCUCUGAUCUCUACGAAACCGUCACCAUCACUCAAGCCGUCAUCUUCUGCAACACCCGAAGAAAGGUCGACUGGCUCACCGACAAACUCACCGCUCGCGACUUCACUGUCUCGGCCAUGCACGGCGACAUGGAGCAAGCUCAGCGUGAUGUGAUCAUGAAGGAGUUCCGCUCUGGUUCUUCUCGUGUUCUGAUUGCCACUGACCUGUUGGCUCGUGGUAUUGAUGUUCAACAAGUCUCUCUGGUCAUCAACUACGAUCUUCCUGCCAACCGCGAGAACUACAUUCACCGUAUCGGUCGUGGUGGUCGAUUCGGCCGAAAGGGUGUUGCCAUCAACUUCGUCACUGCCGAUGAUGUCCGCAUGAUGAGAGAGAUCGAGCAGUUUUACAGCACUCAAAUCGAGGAGAUGCCGAUGAACGUUGCCGACCUUAUCUAAACGGCUUUCUUCUCCGCAACAAUCCGACCAGAUCCCAUUUUCAGCAUGUGGAAGGCGUUUGUUGCUACUGAUUGUACGCGACUACUUGAGAAAAGUGGGAUGAAGCUUGUCUCCGACUGCUUGGCUCAAUGUUGUCGCAGCACGAAAAAAGUCAUGUAUUUUUCAGACUUGUUCAUUGGGAUUACUGAGAUUCGACGAGCAUACGGGCGCGGUGAUACCACAUUGGACGGCCUUGCGUCGUUCUUCGUGUGGCGAUUCGCGGGCGUUCAUGCUUGUUUUUCUUAAUGCUAGCUAGCAAUCGUUGGCUACUGUCUCUCAGACUGCACAGAGAGAACUUCAUGGCAUUCUCAUGUGAUACGAACGGAUGAGGACAAUUGAUACUGCGAUAGACUGGUAGAGAAAUUGAUUGAAAUUUAUGAAAAUA